AUGAGUUCCCCGCUUCGCGACAACCCGUCCUCUGCCAACCGUGGCGCCGCUCCCAGGGCCACCCGCAAGCGUGCGCGUAACGAUAACGAUGGUGCAUCCUCGCUUCCCCGGGCUUCGAGCCCCGUCAUGCCCUCUUCUCCUCCCGCCUUCCCAGUUGCCCAUGGCGCAGAUGAGGACGACGACAUCGAGGAAGACGUCGCCGCUGAAAUCCAAGACGACAUUGACGACCUCGACGAGUUGGCCGAAGACGAUGUAGACUUGUUCCGCGAAGGUUUCGAGCGUGAUUAUAGGGAAAGAGACGAAAACGACGCCUACGAAGGAAUUGACAUCGACGAUGAGGAGUAUGAGGCCCUCGACCCCGCCGCAAGGCGCCGUCUUGAAGCCAAGUUGGCCCAGAGAGACCGUCACGUGAGGAUGGGAAUGGGCACCACAUAUCUUCCUGGUGACGACGACGAUGGUGAUAUCGACCUUACCAACCUGGAACGACGCCGAAGAAUCCGCUACAAUGAAGACCCCGAUGUCGAUAUGGAUGGCGACAUUAUGGACUCGGAACUUCCUCUCGAAGCCCUGAUGGAUGUCAAGGCUGCCACUUUGAGCGAAUGGAUCUCAGUCCCGGCUGUACAAAAGACCAUCCGCAGAGAGUUCAAGGCUUUCCUCACAGAAUACACCGACGAGAGCGGUUCGUCCGUCUACGGCAACCGCAUUCGUACUCUCGGUGAGAUCAACGCCGAGUCUCUCGAGGUCUCCUACGAACACCUCGCUACGGCCAAGGCCAUUCUUGCAUACUUCCUCGCCAAUGCGCCAACCGAGAUGCUCAAGCUAUUCGACGAGGUUGCCAUGGAAGUCGUCCUCCUCCAUUACCCCGACUACGAGCGCAUUCACGCCGAGAUUCACGUCCGUAUCUUCGAUCUUCCCAUCCACUACACGCUCCGUCAGCUCCGCCAGUCGCACCUCAACUGUCUUGUGCGCGUGAGCGGUGUCGUCACCCGCCGUACCGGUGUCUUCCCCCAGCUCAAGUACGUCAAGUUCGACUGCACCAAGUGCGGCGUCACUCUCGGUCCCUUCCAGCAAGAGUCCAACGUCGAAGUCAAGAUCUCCUACUGCCAAUCCUGCCAGUCUCGUGGCCCCUUCACCCUUAACUCCGAGAAGACCGUCUACCGCAACUACCAAAAGCUCACCCUUCAAGAAUCCCCCGGCACCGUUCCCGCCGGUCGUCUGCCCCGUCACCGCGAGGUCAUUCUCCUCUGGGACCUGAUCGACAAGGCCAAGCCGGGCGAGGAGAUCGAAGUAACGGGCAUCUACCGCAACAACUACGACGCGCAGCUCAACAACCGCAACGGCUUCCCCGUCUUCGCCACCAUCCUUGAAGCCAACAACAUUGUCAAAUCCCAUGACCAGCUCGCCGGCUUCCGCAUGACCGAGGAAGACGAGCAUGAGAUCCGCCGCCUCUCGCGCGACCCGCAUAUCGUCGACAAGAUCAUCAACUCCGUCGCCCCUUCCAUCUACGGACACACCGACAUCAAGACCGCCGUCGCCCUCUCCCUCUUCGGCGGCGUCGCCAAGCAAGUCGGCGCCCACCACAUUCGUGGCGACAUCAACGUCCUUCUCCUCGGCGACCCCGGUACCGCCAAAUCACAAGUACUCAAAUACGCCGAAAAGACGGCCCACCGCGCCGUCUUCGCCACCGGCCAGGGUGCUUCCGCCGUCGGUCUAACGGCCUCCGUCCGGCGCGACCCGCUCACGUCCGAAUGGACUCUCGAGGGCGGCGCCCUCGUCCUCGCCGACAAGGGCACCUGCCUGAUCGACGAGUUCGACAAGAUGAACGACCAGGACCGCACGUCCAUCCACGAAGCCAUGGAGCAGCAGACCAUCUCCAUCUCCAAAGCCGGUAUCGUCACGACCCUACAGGCCAGAUGCGGAAUCAUCGCCGCUGCUAACCCUAUUGGCGGGCGGUACAACUCCACCAUUCCCUUUUCUGCCAACGUGGAGCUUACCGAGCCGAUUUUGUCUCGUUUCGACAUCCUUUGCGUCGUGCGCGACACAGUCGAGCCCGAAGAAGAUGAGCGGCUGGCGCGCUUCAUUGUCGGGUCGCAUAGCAGGAGUCAUCCGUUGAUGAACAACACGCAGGACGCUAGCGGUGGUGAUUCAAUGGAAGUGGAACACGACACCCAAGCUGCUGCUGCUGAGACACAGCAGCAGCAAACUGGUGAACACGGCCGUAAAAAGGAAGGCGAAAUCCCACAAGAGCUGUUGAGGAAGUAUAUCCUUUAUGCCCGAGAGCGGUGCCAGCCAAAGCUGUAUCACAUGGAUGAGGAUAAGGUGGCGAGGCUGUUUGCGGAUAUGAGAAGGGAGAGUUUGGCGACGGGGGCUUAUCCUAUUACCGUCCGUCACUUGGAAGCCAUCAUCCGCAUCUCCGAAGCCUUUUGCCGCAUGCGCCUUUCCGAGUACUGCUCCGCCCAGGACAUUGACCGCGCUAUCGCCGUGACCGUCGAGUCCUUUGUUGGCUCGCAAAAGGUCAGCUGCAAGAAGGCGCUUGCCAGGGCUUUUGCCAAGUAUACGCUUAACAGGCCUGGUACUGGUAAUAAUGGCUCUGGGAGCGGCACCUCUCAGGGGAGGAGGGGCGGUGCUAGGAGGGGUGUGAGCGCUGCUGCUUGA